GAUAACCAAAGCAAACUACAACAACAAAGACUUGGAGUCUGAAACAAAGAAACAUGAGAAUUAGGCCAUCAUCAUCAUCUUCUUACCAACAAGAUGAUGAUAACAACAAUAACAAUGGCUUCAGCAUCAAGAAAGGACCAUGGACUCCUGAAGAAGAUGAGAAACUUAUUCAGUACAUUCACAAACAUGGUCAUGGAAGUUGGAGAGCUCUCCCUAAACUAGCAGGUCUACAUAGGUGUGGAAAGAGUUGUAGAUUGAGAUGGACGAAUUAUUUGAGACCCGAUAUCAAAAGAGGCAAAUUCUCAAAAGAAGAAGAACAAACUAUUCUUCAUCUCCAUUCUUUCCUUGGUAACAAGUGGUCUGCCAUUGCGACACAUCUUCCUGGUCGAACCGAUAACGAAAUCAAGAACUUCUGGAAUACCCAUCUUAAGAAGAAGCUAAUUCAGAUGGGUUUUGAUCCUAUGACUCAUCGUCCACGAACCGAUCUUUUUUCAAGUUUACCUCAACUUCUAGCUUUGGCCAACUUGAGUGAUAUUCUGAUGAAAACGAAUACAAUUCAACAACAGCCAUGGGAUAAUCAAGAACAAGUUGUCAUGAAAUUACAAACUGAACUAGCCACUGCUAGUCAGUUGGCUAAGCUUCAGUAUUUACAAAACUUUCUUCUAGGACCAUCCAACAACAGUAACUCAUUGCUAAACCCCAAUUCACGCAAUUCUACUUCUACAGAUGUUGAAGCGCUCAGUAACCUACUAAACUCAUUUAAAGAAAACCCAUUACCAUCUCAAAUUCCGAACAAUUCUGCAUUUCCUAGUACAACCAUACACAAGUUUUCUCAUUUGCCUGAUCUAGUACAAGAGCAAAAACCGAAUUGCAGUUUUCAGGCAUCAUUUAGUAGUAUUGAUGAUGGCCAAGGGUCAGAUUUUAGUAUGUUUAAUCAAGGAGAUCAAAGUGUUCCUACUACUACUACACCAACAUCUCCAUGGAUUAAUAUUGCUGAGACCUCAUCAACCUAUGUCAGCAACCACGGCGAUUCAUCGAGCUCUAUUAGUACUAUGGAUAAUGGAGUGAAUGUUACAAAACUUGAUUCUUUUUGGCCGGAUUUCUUUGCUGAUGAAGACCCUUUUCUCCAAUAAAUAUAAUGUGUCUGAAACAUGAUUCGUUUCUGUAUCUUGUAUUUUUAAGAAGUGAGAGAUGUGAUUUGUCUUUGUAAUACAACAAUUUUUACUAGUAUGUAAUUGGUUUUUUUGUGUGGAUAGAUAUGUAUUCUAGGUUGAUAUAUAAACGUAUACAUAUUCUGUAAUAUAUUUUGUAACAUCUUUCAUUACAAAGUUCACGUGUAUUAUUUUUUAUAAA